GAUGACGAAAAGGUUGGUAGCUCUAUAAGAAGCCUGGGAUGGCACAUUGAGCCCUAGGUGGUCCUGGCAGACGAAGAAAACAAACCAUUCUGAAUCAGCUUGUAUAUCUCCAUCAUCUCAUCACUUCCAUCAUGAAGUUGCUGGUUUUGUGUGUCCUGGUUUUCUCUGAGAUGGCAUGGGCCGGAGCUGAUCCUGUUCCAGAUGAUGGCUCUGCUGAUGAAGAAUCAAUGGACUUGAUCCAGAGAUCUGCUUCUUGUCCUUCUGGCUGGUCUGAGUACAACGGUAACUGCUACCACUAUGUUUCCUUGCCCAUGAAUUGGGCUUCAGCUGAGAAGAACUGCAUGUCCAUGGGGGGACACCUGGCAUCAGUUCAUAACCUAAGGGAGUACCAUCAGAUUCAGAAUGUAAUAAAAAUGGCAAGUUAUGGGUCCAACUCAGCAUGGAUUGGAGGCUAUAACGCACAGAAGACAAGCCUUUGGUUUUGGAGCGAUGGAAGCGAAUUCCACUACACAAACUGGUGUCCAGGAGAGCCUAACAAUGUGCAAGGCAACCAGCACUGUUUGGAGAUGAACUAUUAUGCUGCAAAGUGCUGGGUUGACUUCCAAUGUUGUGCUCGUCGCCCAUCUGUCUGUGCCAAGAAAGUCUGAGCAGUCCGAGAGGAAGCCUUUUUCUGGUAUAAAUUAGCUUAAACCAGAACCGGUGGAGGAUGCUAUAUUGUCUUUCAGUUAUUCUGCCACAUAGAAAUCCUAUUUUCUAAAAGCUUCUUCUAUUUACUUCAUAUAAUUACAUAUAAAACAAAAGGUAGAUUCGAGCAGAGUGAAUGUUUUAUAAAUGAUUAUUUGAGUAAAACCUUUUUCUUUCCUUUAGCCUUGCAUUAAAUAAACUUUUGAAGCAU